UGUGGCUUCUUAUGACUGCCAAACGUAGAAGCUCUUUCUAAAAACACAGCAGAAAAUGAACAAGUUCAAGGGACCCGUGACACUAAGGGAUGUUACUGUGGAAUUCAGCAAGGCAGAGUGGAAGCUACUGACCCCGGCUCAGAAGUCCCUGUACAAGGAUGUAAUGCUGGAGAACUGCCGCCACCUGGUCUCCGUGGGUUAUCGUGUGGUUAAGCCAAGUGUGAUCUCCAAGUUGAAGAAAGGAAACGAGCCAUGGAUAUUGGAAUUUCCAUACCGCGGCCGUGGUGACAAGCGGCGGAAUGCUCAAGCCCCCAGAGCCAAACACCAGGAACGGCCGGCUGGAAAUGCAAGGAAAGGAGAGCUCAGGAAACGUCAGAAAGCUCCCGCCCAGCACGAAAGCUACGACUGCAGUGAGUGUGGAAAAUCCUUCUGCCAGAAAUCUGCCCUCGCCGUGCACCAGGAGACACACACCAAGAAGUCCUACAAAUGUGAGAAGUGCGGGCAGGCUUUCUAUACAGAUGAGGACCUCACGAUCCAUCAGAAAGUUCACACCAGAAAAAAAACCUACCCAUGUAAAGAAUGUAACAAAAUUUUCUACCACCUGUCCUCUCUCACUAGACAUCUGAGAAUCCAUGCAGGGGAGAAACCCUAUGAGUGUAGCCAGUGUGAGAAAUCGUUCUACCAGAAACCGCACCUCACCGAACAUCAGAAGACACACACAGGGGAGAAACCCUUUGAGUGUAAGCAGUGUGGGAAGUUCUUCUAUGUGAAGGCCUACCUCCUAGUGCAUGAGAAGACACACACGGGGGAGAAACCUUUCGAGUGUAAGGAGUGUGGGAAGUUCUUUUCUCAAAAGUCACACCUCACGGUCCAUCAGAGAACACACACAGGGGAGAAACCCUACAAGUGUAAGGAGUGUGGGAAGCUCUUCUCUAGGAAUUCACACCUUAAAACACACCAGCGCACUCACACAGGAGAGAAACCCUAUAAGUGUAAGGAGUGUGGCAACUGCUUCUACCAAAAGUCGGCCCUCACUGUGCACCAGCGAACUCACACCGGGGAGAAACCUUUUGCAUGUAGUAAGUGUGGGAAAACUUUUUACUACAAGUCAGACCUCACCAAGCACGAGAGAAAGCACACUGGGGAGAAACCCUACGAGUGUGCAGAGUGUGGCAAAUGUUUCUCUGUGAACUCAGUCCUCAGGCUACACGAAAGGACUCACACAGGAGAGAGGCCCUAUGAGUGUGAGGUGUGUGGGAAGUCCUUCUCUCAGAAGUCACACUUUGUCAUACAUGAAAGAAAGCACACAGGAGAGAAGCCCUAUGCGUGCCAGGAAUGUGGGGAAAACUAUAUUCAGAAGUCACAACUCACUGCACACCAGAAGACACACGCCAAGAAGGGCAAAGCUCACAAGUAGUGUGAGUGCAGACUCCC